AUGCAAGGUGGAGAUGGUAAUUCCCCGGGAUAUGGAGACUCGGGAUACGGCAACUUUCCCAAUCAGACGUGGAGUCCGCACUCGCCCCAAUUCCGGGUCCAGCCAUCCCAGCAGAGGAACUUGGUUCGCCAACCAUCGGGGUUCGGGGACUACCGACCGAAUAUGGACGCGAUCAACAACCCAUCCUCCCAAUUCCAAUCCUCCCAAUUCCAAUACUCCCCGUCUCCUCUGUCUGAAUCUGAUAGAUUCACAUGGGAACAGUUGAUGGGUACACCUGAGACCCCGACAUCCGGUAGUGUGGAGAUGGAGGCCCCCACCGGGGGUCGCCGAACCGGCGGUGGUGGGGGGCGAGGUGGCGGCGGUGGGAUUGGGAGGCGAGGCGGCGGCGGAAGGCGAGGCGGUGGGGGGCGAGGCGGUAGAGAGCAUGGGCCCACCGGCGGCGGGCGAGGUGGAGACAGAGAGCCGGCCACCGGCGGUGGCCGAGGCGGUGGUGAUCGGCGUGGCGAGAAGUACUACGACGACGAAUCCCUCGCUGUUGCGCGGGCUUGGGAGGCGGUCACGACGAAUCCGGUCAUCGGCACGGAUCAGACCGACAUUUGCUUCUGGAGGCGCGUCCUGACGGUGUACAACGGCUUCAAACCAGAAGGCAGUGCCGGACGUGAUGAAGGCUAG